CGGGCGUCGUGCACGCGGGUGUAGCUCCCUGGCCGCGGGAGAGGCGGUGCUCGCGCCAGGGGACGUGUUUCUGCACUCGCGUGGUCAUGGAGGCGCCGCCGCCGCUUCUAGCCGCGAUGACCCUGGCCCCUGGCUGGAGCCGAAGGCUGCUCCUGCCACUGCUGCUGCUCCUGCUGCCGGCCGUGGUUCUGCGGGGCUUGGAGUCAGAGGAGAGGCCUCGGAUCCGCGAAGAGGAGUGCCACUUCUACGCGGGUGGACAAGUGUACCCAGGGGAGGCGUCCCGAGUAUCGGUAGCAGACCACUCCCUGCACCUAAGCAAAGCCAAGAUUUCGAAGCCAGCACCUUAUUGGGAAGGAACAGCUGUGAUAAAUGGAGAAUUUAAGGAGCUCAAGUUAACUGAUUAUCGUGGGAAAUACUUGGUAUUUUUCUUCUACCCACUUGAUUUCACGUUUGUGUGUCCAACUGAAAUUAUCGCUUUUGGUGACAGAAUUGAAGAAUUCAGAUCUAUAAAUACUGAAGUGGUAGCAUGCUCUGUCGAUUCACAGUUUACCCAUUUGGCCUGGAUUAAUACUCCUCGGAGACAAGGAGGACUUGGGCCAAUAAGGAUUCCACUUCUUUCAGAUCUGACCCAUCAGAUCUCAAAGGACUAUGGCGUAUAUCUAGAGGACUCAGGCCACACUCUUAGAGGUCUCUUCAUUAUUGAUGACAAGGGAAUCCUGAGACAGAUUACUCUGAAUGACCUGCCUGUGGGUAGAUCAGUGGAUGAGACACUACGUUUGGUUCAAGCAUUCCAGUACACCGACAAACACGGAGAAGUCUGCCCUGCUGGCUGGAAACCUGGUAGUGAAACAAUAAUCCCAGAUCCAGCUGGAAAACUGAAGUAUUUUGAUAAACUAAAUUGAAAAAUACUUCAAGUCAUGAUGUUUGAGAGUUCUCAAUAAAGUUCACCAUUCAUUACCA